GAAGAGGAGGCGGCGGCGGCUGCUGCAGGAUGCAGGCUCCAUGGGGCUGCUGUGGCUCCUCUCCUUCAUGCAUUCCGCCUUCUUCGGGGAGGAGGUGCUGGAGGAGUUGAAGAUGUCUGGCUCCAUUGCCUCUUAUGACCAGCUGGUACACCAGGUGGAGGUCUUGAAGAAGGAGAAUACUCAUCUCCGCCGGGAGCUGGAAGACAACUCCAGCCACCUGUCCAAGCUGGAGAAUGAGACUUCGGACAUGAAGGUCGUCCUGAAGCAUCUCCAGAGUAAGCUGGAGCAGGAGGCCAGAAUCAUGGUGUCUUCAGGAAGGAUGGAGAUGCUGGAACAGCUGGAAGCCUUGCAGAUGGACAUCGCCAGCCUCUACAACCUCAAGUUUCAUUCUCCAGCUCUGGCCCCGGAGCCAGCCAGCCCGGGCCCGAGUCCCAAGAGGAGCCCCCCACCCGGCGCCGGGCCAGCCAAAAAGGACAGUCUGGGGGAGCUGAGCAGGGCCACCGUCCGCCUGCUGCAGGAGCUGGACAAGGAGAGGUGCUUUCUGUUGAGCGAGAUCGAGAAGGAGGAGAAGGAGAAGCUGUGGUAUUACACUCAGCUACAGAGUCUCUCCAAGCGCCUGGAUGAGCUACCUCACGUGGAGACGUUUUCCAUGCAGAUGGACCUGAUCCGCCAGCAGCUGGAAUUUGAAGCCCAGCACAUCCGCUCGCUGAUGGAGGAGCGGUUUGGGACCACUGACGAGAUGGUGCAGAGGGCUCAGAUCCGGGCUUCUCGCCUGGAGCAGAUCGAUAAGGAACUGCUAGAGGCCCAGGACCGCGUGCACCAUGUGGAGCCCCAGACCCAGCCGAGUGGGAAGCCGGCCUGCUCAGAAGGGGAUGGGGACGUGGAGGCCCCUACUCAUCCAGAGGAUGGGGGAAGCCAGCUUGGAAACAGCAAGGUGGAGGUGGUGUUCUGGCUGCUGUCCAUGCUCGCCACCCGGGACAAGGAGGACAUGGCACGGACGCUGCUGGCCAUGUCUAGCUCCCAGGAGAGCUGCCUGGCCAUGCGCAAGUCGGGCUGCCUGCCGCUGCUGGUCCAGAUCCUGCACGAUGCUGACCGCGAGCCCGGACCAGCGGCCGGGGGCGGCAAGGACGCUCGCAUGCGAGCUAAUGCCGCGCUCCACAACAUCAUCUUCUCGCAGCCUGAUGAGGGCCAGGCCAAGAAGGAGAUGCGCGUGCUGCACGUGCUGGAGCAGAUCCGCUCCUACUCGGAGACCUGCUGGGACUGGCUGCAGAUGCAGGGCCAGGACGUGGGCAGGGGCCCUGAGGGCGGCGCGGCCCCUGUUCCCAUUGAACCACAAAUCUGCCAAGCUACCUGUGCAGUGAUGAAGCUGUCAUUUGAUGAGGAAUACCGACGGGCCAUGAACGAACUGGGUGGGCUGCAGGCCGUGGCGGAGUUGCUGCAGGUGGACUAUGAGAUGCACCGAAUGACCAGUGACCCCCUGAACCUGGCACUGCGCCGCUAUGCUGGCAUGGCCCUCACCAACCUCACCUUCGGGGAUGUUGUCAACAAGGCGACACUGUGUGCCCGACGGGGCUGUAUGCAGGCCAUAGUGGCCCAGCUGACCUCGGAGAGUGAAGAACUCCAUCAGGUGGUAUCCAGCAUCCUCCGGAACCUAUCUUGGAGAGCAGACAUCAACAGCAAGAAAAUCCUGAGGGAGGUGGGCAGCAUGACUGAGUUGAUGCAGUGCGCCCUGCGGGCCUCCAAGGAGUCCACUCUGAAGAGCGUCCUGAGUGCCCUGUGGAACCUGUCAGCCCACAGCACGGAGAAUAAGGCAGCCAUCUGCCUGGUGGAGGGGGCCCUGGGCUUCCUGGUCAGCACGCUCACCUACAAGUGCCAGAGCAACUCGCUGGCCAUCAUCGAGAGUGGUGGUGGAAUCCUUCGUAAUGUCUCCAGUCUGAUUGCCACGCGCGAGGACUACAGGCAGGUGCUCCGGGACCACAACUGCCUGCAGACGCUGCUGCAGCACCUCAAGUCGCACAGCCUGACCAUCGUCAGCAACGCCUGCGGGACCCUGUGGAACCUGUCGGCCCGCAGCGCCCGAGAUCAGGAGCUGCUGUGGGACCUGGGGGCCGUGAGCAUGCUCCGCAACCUGAUCCACUCGAAGCACAAGAUGAUCGCCAUGGGCAGCGCCGCGGCCCUGCGCAACCUGCUGAGCCACCGGCCCCUCAAGUACAAGGACGCGGCGGCCGUCGUGUCCCCGGGCUCUUGCAUGCCCAGCCUCUACGUGCGCAAGCAGAAGGCGCUGGAGGCCGAGCUGGACGCCAAGCACCUGGCCGAAGCCCUGGACACCCUGGAGGGGCAGAGCCUCAAGGGCCAGCCCGCCAAGAAGCCCCUGCGCCACCUGGACAGCCUGGUCCGGGAUUACGCCUCCGACUCGGGCUGCUUCGACGACGACGAGGGACCCGGCUCGGCCCCCGGCGUGGAGGCCACCAACCCGUCCGUCCUGUCCAUGUUCCUCAACUCCUCCUUCCUGCAGGGCCAGGCCCUGCCCCGGGGCCCCGUCCCGCGCCGGGGCCCCGAGCCGGAGAGAGACGACGGCGGCGGCGGCGUUGGGCCCCCGAAGGCGGAGGGCGGAGCGGCGCAGCUGGCCAGCAAGCUGGCGGGGGCCGCGGCCAAGAUGGACAAGCUGGUCGAGGACGUCUCGGCCCUGCACACGUCGUCCGACGACAGCUUCAGCCUCAGCUCCGGGGAUCCGGGGCUCGACUGGGCCUUCGCCCCCGAGGGCCGGCGGGAGGCCCGGGCCCAGUCGUGCUCCCCGUGCCGGCUCCCCGAGCCCGGGGCCCGGCGGGAGGCGCCCGGCCGCGGCGCCCACCCGCUGCUGCGGCUCAAGGCCACCUACGCCAGCCUGUCCAACGACAGCCUCAACAGCGGCAGCACCAGCGACGGCUACUGCCCUAGGGAGCUCAUGCGGCCCUGCCCCCGGGCCCCCUUCGCCGACUACCGGGAGGAGCUGCAGCGCUACCAGCAGCGGCCCAGCCGGCUCGACCUCAAAGGGGUCCCGGCCAGCCGGCCGGAGAAGGCCGAGCCGCCCGGCCGGGAGCAGCAGCGGGUCGCCCAGAGGCCGGUGGCCGCCCCCGGCGCUGGGGAGCGGGAGGGCAGGCCGGCGGCGGCCCCCCAGGUCCACACAAUCAAGCUGUCCCCCUCCUACCAGCACGUCCCGCUGCUGGAGGGGAUGGCCAAGGCGGGCAGGCGGCAGGCCUGGCCGCCUGGCGCGCUGCCGCCGGGCCCCGGGGGGGCGAGCAAGGUGCCAGCCAAGCCGGCCCCCCCGGCCGGCCCGCCGGCCCAGGCCGAGACGCUGCAGCGGUACUCGGUGGAAGACACCCCCAUCUGCUUCUCCCGCUGCAGCUCCCUCUCGUCCCUCUCCUCGGCCGACCACGCCCUCAGCCGCAGCGAGGACCCCGGCCUGGACAGCGACUCGUCCCUGGAGAUCUUGGACGAGCCGGGGCCGGGCGAGGGGCGGAGGGCGGGGGAGGACGAGGAGGAGGAGGGCGAGGGCGAGGAGGAGGAAGAGGAGGACGAGGACGAGGGCGAAGGGGAGCGGGACGAGGAGGAGGAGAGGUGGAGGCCCCCGGGCACCGCCUCUCUGCCCGUGGCCAUCCCCGCCCAGCGGCUCGAGAAGACACCGGGCCGGGGGGCCGCCUCGGCCUCCCCGCCCCGCCCCGAGGACCGGACGCCCUCCAGCUCGUCGGAGAACUACGUCCAGGAGACGCCCCUGGUCAUGAGCCGCUGCAGCUCGGUCAGCUCCCUGGGCAGCUUCGAGAGUCCGUCCAUCGCCAGCUCCAUCCAGAGCGACCCGUGCAGCGAGAUGAUCAGCGGCACCGUCAGCCCCAGCGAGCUGCCCGACAGCCCCGGCCAGACCAUGCCCCCCAGCCGGAACAAGACCCCGCUGCCCGAGCCCUGCGCCCCGCCCGAGCGGGAGGCCAGCCAGUUCAACCUCCAGUGGGAGAACAACGUGAAGAAAUUCAUGGACAUCACCGACUUCAAGGAGCGGUUCCAGCUGCCGCCCGACCUGGACUCCAUGAUCUACUUCACCGUGGAGAAGCCCGUGGAGAACUUCUCCUGCGCUUCCAGCCUGAGCGCCCUGCCCCUCCACGAGCACUACGUCCAGAAGGACGUGGAGCUCAAGCUGAUGCCGCCCUUCUCCGAGCGGGGCGGGCUCCACUUUGCCGGCCACGGAAAGCGGGAGGAGCUGGAGCGGGCGGAGGCCGGCGGGGGCUGGGGCCGGCCCGACCCCCACUCGGACGACGAGCUGGACAUCCUGAAGGAGUGCAUCAGCUCCGCCAUGCCCUCCCGCUUCCGCAAGGCCCAGGCCAAGAAGGCCCGCCCAGUGCCCGUCUACAUGCUGGUGCCCGCCCACGCCUCCCCGGGCCAGGCCAAGGCCCCGCGGCCCAGCCGGGAACCGGCCAAGGACGAGGACUCCUUCACCGACUCGGCCGAGGGGACGCCGGUCAACUUCUCCAGCGGCGCGUCGCUCAGCGACGAGACCCUGCACGACCCGUCCAGGGCCCCGCCCCGGGCCCCGGCCCCGGCCCCGGCCCCGGCCCGGGACUGUCGGGGAGGCCAGGGCCCGCCGGGCUCCCGGAAAGGCUGGGGGUCGGGAGAGCCGGCGGGCGGCAAGCAGGGCCCGCCCGCCCACUCCACCCCCACCAAGGGGAGCGGGGGCCCCCGGCCGCCGGGAAGGGGGCCGGCCCCCGAAGCCGCCCCCCGGGGACCCCGGAAGGAUCUGCCCCGCCUGGAGCUGACCGGCGGCCGGCCCGGCGACAGCCGCCGCCCCCCCCGGGGAGGUGGCCCCCGCCAGGACGGGGGCCCCGGGGAGGUGGCCUUCCAGUCCCUGUGCCACACCACGCCCACCGAGGAGGCCGUCUACUGCUUCUACGAGAAUGACUCGGACGAGGCCCCGCGGGCUCCGGUCGGGAAGGCGCCCGGCCUCGCCCGGCCUUCCAAAAAGGAGCGCCGGCCGGCCAAGAAGGAGGCGGAGCCCGGGGCCAAGCCCCCGCCGGGCCGCAGCCGGCCCCCCGCCCGGCUCCAGCACAACUUGAUCGUGGACGAGACUCCGCCCUGCUACUCCCUCAGCUCCUCCCUCAGCUCCCUGAGCGAUCUGGACCUCUCGGAACCGGGCGGGGCCCAGCCGGCCCCCAAGGCCGCCCGGCUCCGGCCCCGGGGGCCCGAGCCCCUGGCCGCGCCCCCCAGCUCGCCGAGCGUCAACUCGGACGAGGAGGACCUCCCGCCGCGGGGCCCGGGGGCGGCGGCGCCCCGGCGGCGGCGCCCCUCGGCCCGGCGCCGGCAGCCCAAAGCGGCUGGCCCCAAGUCCGGCGGCGGAGCCGGCAGGGAGCGGGAGCCGGGCGAGGAGCCCGGCUCCGACCGGGCCUCGGAUCUGGACAGCGUCGAGUGGAAGGCCAUCCAGGAGGGCGCCAACUCCAUCGUGACGUGGCUGCACCAGGCAGCCGCCUCCUUCUCGCGGGAGCCCUCCUCCGAGUCCGACUCCAUCCUGUCCUUCGUGUCGGGGCUGUCCGUGGGCUCCACCUUGCAGCCGAGCCGGGACAGGAAGGAGGCGGACAGGGCGGAGCGGGCCGCCGACGGGCAGGCCGAGAGGGAGGCGGCCGCCGUCGGCGCAGAGGGCAGGCAGGUGGCGGCCGAGCGGCCCUCCGACGCCCGGCCCCCCCGGGCCCCAGAGAAACCCCCGGGGGCCCAGAAAACUCUCUCCGGCCUGCCGGUGGUGUUCCGCGGCCGGACCGUCAUCUACAUGCCCAGCCUGCCCAAGGACUCGGCCAGUCCCCGUUCCACCCCCAAGAAGACGGGGCCUAAGGCGGAACCCCCGGCCAAGCCCCUCGCCCCCGCCAACCAGCAGCAGCGCUCUCGCAGCCUCCACCGGCCGGGCAAGAUCUCCGAGUUGACGGAUCUGACCCUCCCGAAAAGGAGCGCCACGCCCCCUGCCCAGGUCCCCAAGGCCCCCUCCUCGGGGUCCUCCCGCACCUCCCCGCCGUCCAGGCCCCCGCCCAAGAAACCGCCGCCGCCGCCGCCGCCGCCGCCGGCCCAGCUCGGCAAGCCGCCGCCGGCUCCCAGCCCGAAGGCGGUGGGCGCCUCGCCCUCGCCCCCGGCCCGAGCCCCCGGGAAGAUACCGGGCCCCAAGCAACCCAAGACUCAGAAGUCCCCAGUGCGCAUCCCGUUCAUGCAGAAGCCGGUCAAGAAGACGUUCCCAGCCAGGGGCCCCAUGCCCGUCCUGGAGGAGCAGGGCCCGGGGCUCAAGCCAGCCGCCGGGGGCCCCACGGGCAUCCCGCAGAGCGGCCGGCUCAACCUGGUGCGCACCGCGUCGGCCCGCUCCAGCGGCAGCGAGUCGGACCGCUCGGGCUUCUUGCGGCAGCUGACCUUCAUCAAGGAGUCCUCCGGCCUCCUGCGGCGUCACCGCUCGGAGCUCUCCUCCUCGGAGUCCGGCUCCUCCCUGUCCCGCAGUCACUCCCCGGGGGCCUGCCGGGCCCGGCCCGGCCUCCCGGCUGUUUUCCUGUGCUCCUCCCGCUGCCAGGAGCUCAAGGCACACAAGCCAGGGGUGGCAAGGCCGGGCCAGCGCCCCGCGGCUCCCAGGAUGCCCCCUGGCCCGCCAGCCCCCUCGGGGGCCCGCCCCCCUAGGCGGACCAGCUCAGAGAGCCCGUCCCGCCUCCCCGUGAAGACCCACCCCCCCGCACCCGAGCCCUUCAAACGGUACUCCUCCUCACCCCAAAUCAACAUUGUCAAGAGGACCGGGAGUCCUUCUCCUACCCUCUCACCCUGCUCCGAGGCGGGGGGCAGGAGGAGGAGGAGGGGAAGGGGAGCAGAGGAGGAGGAGGAGGGGGAGAAAGAGGAGAAGGAGGAGGUGGAGGCGGAGGAGGAGGAAAAGACCACCUGGUCUUCUCCAGCAGUGGCGGCGGCUGGGGAGGGGCCCGGGGAGCAGCUGAUGAUGAUGAAGGGGACCUGGCGGCGGAUCCGGGAUGAAGACAUCCCCCACAUCUUGAAGAGCACCCUUCCCCCUACCGCUCUCCCCCUGGUUGGCCCAGCAGGAGAAGGCAGCGGCGGUGGCAGCAGCCCACUGAGGAAGACCAGCGAUGCCGUGGUCCAGACCGAGGACUUCUCAGCCUCCAAGACCAACUCCAGCACCUCCCCGACCCUGGAGAGCCGCGAGCCGCCCACGGCCCCGUUCCCCGCCUCGACCCCCUUCUUGGGCAGCGACGUGGAUGGCCCGGCCAAGCCCGUGCCUGCCGUCUCCUUUGCCCACGAAGGCCCCAUUGGAGGCUUCCCUGCCAGCCGACAUGGCUCCCCGAGCCGGGCUGCCCGGGUAACCCCCUUCAAUUAUGUGCCCAGUCCCAUGGUAGUGCCAGCUGUGAGCGACAAGCCCUUAGAGAAAGCUGGUGGGCUCCUGGACUAGCUCCCCACAUUCUCCGCCCUGCUGCCCCCACUCCCACCGCUGCCGCUGUCUUGCCUGCCAGGACUUAACGCUGCCCAGCCACUGGUACCCUAGAGCUAAGGAGAAACCGCUUUCAGAUUUCACGCUUAAGAGAAACCCCUGCUCCAGCGGGGAUGGGCCUAGGCCCAGGGCAGCCUCUGGGUUGGCGAACGCGAGGAUCGCCUGGAGGGUGCUGGGCAAUCCUCGUUCCAGAGCCCCGGACCUGAACUGCUUAAGAGGGGUCUGGAGGGAGGUAGAGAGCAAUGCGAGGGCUCGCCUGCCUCUCUCCCCUUCUCCAUCCUCUUCCCUCCCCUUCCUCUAUCUGCUGCCCCUACCUCCACCCACCUGGCUGUGGCCCAGCUACUGGAAAUUCAACUUUUCCAGGGGAAUAGGAGGGGCAGCAGAUGAGAUUCCUCCCCAACCCAAGCAGGGGGUGACCAGGCUGAAGGGGACAUCGUGGGUGACUGUAGGGCGGUGACAAUCACCCUUUCCCUAGGGGGCAAGAAGAAUCCAAGUGAAUCCAUCUGAAAGCCUUCCCCAGCAGCACGCAAGUUGGGUGGGUUUGGAGGAUUUGCUGGGGAGGAGGGGUGUCUCCAAAAAGCACAGAAGACAGUCUGCUACCCCGGUAGCCAGCCUUAAUCUAAGGGUCUGCCGCAUGCUUUGCCUGGUAGGGUGGCACGAAGCCCUAAGAGAUAAAGAUCCCAGUGGUCGAUCAGCCAACUGGUGAGGGGAGUCAUGGGGAGAGACUCCGCCAGCCAAAGGGGAGAGGUGCGGCCCACGGGCGGAGGGGGACGGGGAGGGAGACCCCGCCAGAUGCUUGCGUUAGGAUCUGUCAGGGACAGGGCCAAAAGCCUGCAAUUAUUGUGACCUGUUAAUUUGCUAAUGACUAAUUUUCCACGUUGUUUGCAUUAUGUAAACCAGCUGGGAAGAUGACGGGGGACAGCACCUUAUUACUGGGAAGGGAGAGGGAGGGAGAGGAAAGAGAAAGGAGAAGGAAAGAGGAAGAAGAAGAAAAAGAAAAGGAGGCUUGGGCUGGGGAGGGCUCAUUGGAGACUAGUUUCCUAGUUUCCUCCAGAAGGCAGAACGGGUGAAUAGGGUUGAAAAGGCUUCAGAAGGGGAAGAGAUGAGAGGGUUGUGUUUAAGGAGACCCUGGAGGGGAGCCGGCUGAUGUGAGGGGGGAGGGUAAGGGGUACCCCAAGCUUUUCUGCUUUUAAUGAACAAAGGGCAGACUAUCUCUUGACCCCCCCCCCCCCCGCCAAAAUCCUGGUUCAGGAAUGCCCGGGCCACCCACCAACCAGGAAGCCAUGAGGGGGCCCAGUGACCCAAGGAAGUGGGUAGGGUGCUCUCUGGUCUCCAGUUGGGGGCAACUUAAGCUGAGACAAGGACCUGGCUCAGGCCCCCUCCUUGGGGUUGAAAUCCUCGGCCACCAGCAUUUCUAGCUUCCAAUGGUCCCUGCUGAGUUUUAGCUUGUGCGGAAGAGGAGGUAAGGUUGGGAUAAAAAGAAAAUGAGUUUAAGUUGCAGCAAGAGAGAGCUGGGUUAGACACGAGGAAUACCUUCCCACAUGCCUGCAGUUGGGGAGAAUAAAAGCUAGUGAAACAGGUCCUGGAAGGAAACUGUGGAGUUUCUGUCUUUGGUGAUUGCUAACCAUAGGGCAGACAGCCAUCUGUCCUAGGUGUGCUAGGUCUGGAGGCAGGGGGAUGGGCUGGGUGACCUCUUUGGGUCCUUCCCAGUUAGGUUUCUUGGCUCUCUGGGAUGGGGGGAAGUCCUGAAAACACAGGUGCUCCCCAAGUGGGAGAAAGAGAAGGAAUAAGGAACGUAGUAGUAGGGGAAAGAGAAACGGAGUGCCUUGUUGGUCCUUCAUGAUUAGCACGUUGGGGAAUUAUGAGCUAUGGUGACUCACCCACUAGGAACUGGGUUGAGGCCACAGUCAACGAGGUCCAGGCUUCCCUUUCCAUUUCCUGACUACAUUUUAUUCCCAAUCUUUCCCUUCCCCUCACUCCCUUCUCUAGCUCUCUCCUGAUGCUCUCCAGUAGGCGGAGUGUCCCUGUGUCCAAGUGAAAUAUUUCCCAUUUUGGAUAAAACCAAAAGACAGCUCAGCCCUGUGAUCCAUCCAGCCCAGGACCCUAUCUCUGACAGUGGCACUAGGGCACUUGGAGGGACGGUGACAGUGGCUCUUCUGGACACCCAUUCUUGUGGCUAGGGAUGGGUCACCUGACACCCCUCACUUUUCCCUCGACAUCCCUAACUCUCCUUCUAGUGGCUCAGUAUGGACUGCUCUUCUGUAAAUGCCUGAGAGUUUUAAUUUUCCACUCUCAAAUCCAGGAUGCCCCAAGGGCCACUGACACCCUCAAGUAGGGAGGAUUCUGCUGACCUAGGAAAACUGUAGAUGGCUGUCAUCAACAGCCCCCAGCUGCCCCUCUCCAAUGGCUGACAGAUAGCAGAGGCCUGGCCAGGAAGCUUAAUUUCAUUCACUUGAUGCUACAGGAAUGGUGCAGUAGGCUGCAAACUGAGAAAAGGAGAAAUCUUUCAAGGGGCUGGAAAAGAUCUUUAUUGUCAUUGGUUAAGUGGCGCCACCCCCCUCCUGUGCUCCUCUGGGAUUUUGACUUGAGGCGGCAGGAACCAUCUGAGACUAAGGGGGAGACCCCUCUCCUUUUUCUCCACUGCCCCCCCAACCCCAGGACUGGUGGGAAAAUGCUGGCAAAUCAAAGGUCUAGGCUCCGGAGUCUGAGAGGAUAAAUUCAGAAUUCUGCCCCAGGAAAUGCCGACUUUCUAUAGAGCACUGGUCUGUGGGGGUAAUGGGGCUUGGUGCCGUCUCCCCAACUCUUUUUUCGGCUGGGGGUGAAGCCGCUGUUCCUGCCCCCAUGGCUCUCUGGGCCGGACUCCUAGCCUUGCUCUCCCGGGGCUUCCACGAGACCCAAAGCUUCUGAGCAGGACUGGAAAAGCCCCAGAUAGGGUCUCUCUGACCUGUUGUCUCGCCACAGCCUGCCCACCCCUCCCCUGCUUGCUGCCCUCGAAAACCCCCUUUCCCUCCCCUGAUCUCUACCCUGAGUUGACUUAGCGUCCUCCUCUUCCAUAUGGACGCUGGAGUCCAUCUAACCGUAUUUCUUGUCUCCCUUGCCAACUCCCACCUAAUGCCACUACUUGCCCAGUCCAGUUGGUCAGGACAGGCCUCCUCUUUGGCCAUCACUGUUGGAGGCGGUCCCUAGAGUGGGGAGGGGUUCUCUGGGGAGAUCUGUAUGUCCCCAUAUCCCAAGCUAGGGCCCCCAUGGCGCCCAGGGUUUUCACGUGGCAAGGGGGUCAGGAAACAGCAAUGGGAUCUUACUUCCUGGAGAUGUCUCACUUCCAAGUCACUGUGGUUUCAAAGAGAAGAUACGAUGGGUUGGCAUUUGUUCUGUCCAGAAUGUGACUAGCUAGAAAUAAGAGGAAAAACUGUACGCAGUCAGCCAGACUCCAAAGGGGUGAUGGAGGAUAGGAAGGGAAACAGAGGGACCCAGAGGAGCUCAGGCUGGGGAACACACCCAUCCACCCGCCAGCCAGUAUGGGAAAGGGGCAGCAGUGGAGUGAGGCUGGGGGAGAAAAGCUGGCAAGUCAAAGGCCUGGGCUCUGGAGUCUGAGAGGAUAAGUUUAGAAUUCUGCCCAGCCACCGCCACCCGCCACAAUACACACAAACCCGCCAAAUCACUGUCUCUUUGCACCUGUGUGUGCCUCAGUCUCCCUGAGCUAGGAAGACAGGAGAGAUACCUACUGGACCUACCUCACCUGGGGUUGGGGGAAGAAGGGGAUGAAUGGAGGCAGUCAGCUGGCUUGGGGGGCAAGGGAAUGGGAGGGGCUUCUCUCUGUUUAAAUUGCCUGUGCAUCAGCAUGAAUAAUAAUAGUAAUAAUAAUUGUGGUAUUUGUUAAGCGCUUCUUAUGUA